AUGGUUGACAACAAAGGCUGGCGCAAAAAGAUAGGAGGCAAACCGAAAGAACUGCCUCCCAUGAAGACUGGAUCUGAUGAGACUGCUGCAGUACCGCUAUCAGAGGUCGCCAUCGAGUCGAUUGACCGACGCCGGCAUGGCUGGCGAAAGACGAUAGCUGCCAGUCGGCCGGUGACUCCAAUGACUCCAGCUCCGCCAACGCCGACUCAAGAAGAUGUGGAUGACACACGAAGCGAGCGGUCUGAAGCCUCAACGCCUCGUCGCGACUCGAAGCCAAAGCUCAAUCGCUACACGUCCUUGUUCGCCACUCACAAAGAGGAAGCAGCUAGCCCUGUCUUUUCAGAGCCAUGGAGUGCUGAUGCCCCACCCACUCAGGAAGAUCCUUGGUCCUACGUUGACCCUGUUGUCGCCAUGGAGUCGAUUCACUCACACAUGUGUAAGAAUUACAUGGUACCAGUUCCUCUUGAAUACAACAGCGGCCUUUUCCAGGUCUUUGACGAUUAUCGAAAGCUACGAUCGCACAAAGAGCUCUUGGAGGCACGCGAACAAGAGGCGAUUGAGCAUUCACGCAAGGUGACAGCCCGGUGGCUUCAGUCUGAGGAACUCUAUGAAGCCGAGAUACGUCGUCUCGAGUUGCUAAUUGCACGUGGUACCACCGGUAUGACUGGGCUCAUGAAAGCGCGUCAAGGGACUGUGGUAGACCGUAAACGUCAACAUCGAAGGACCAUUUCGACGGACCGCGUUCUUCCUCGAUACCAGCACAUGUCUCCAGUAGAGGUAGACGAAGAGAUCAGAGCAAAGAGCCAACAAAUUCUUCUGCAUCGACCGACCUCGCCUUCAGGAAAGAUGACUGCUCUAUCUCGACAGCUCACAAGUGCAGGACUGCCAGAUCUUCCAAUAGGGACUCCUCCCAGCACAAAUCGCGAGUCCACCUUGUCUCGAAAGGUAAAGAGCGAGCUCAAUUUGAUGGGCCUACGUCAUGCGGACGCCUUGCAGUCUCUCUCGAACGCAGUCACGCCUGAUCCUUUGAGCACUACGGAACAUGUCCCGGAAGAGGCCAACCCAGAACAUGGCCUGUUGGUAAAGGAUCCCAUUGAAUGCGAUGCAUUUAUUGCUCUUAAGGAGCUGGGUGCCCUUGUUGCACGUCGCAAAGGACUGGACGUUUCAAGUUUCGUCAAUGGGUUACUGGCAUUGCUCACAUCGGGACAAGCUGCGAAGACAGUCAUUGAGCCCAAUGCGAACGAAGACAAAAUGCAGAGUCCCGCGGCUGAGAAAGAUAGAAAAGUGGUGCCUGCUGACGACGUAACACCUAGACCACCAUUUCGAAAGCCUCGGCCUCAUUCAUACCAAGAACUUGACCAGAAGCGUCGACGUCACUUCUCCUUCGAACCUGGAGAUGAUCAAAUGCGAGAACUCGAAGCCGAUCUCAAAUCAUAUGAUUCACUUUCGCAAACCGACUCGACUGAUUCCGAAUCAUCGUCCUCGUCAGCCUUUCGUCUGUUUGACGACGGCUUGCAAACAGGCGACGACGACUCGAUACCUCUGCUUUCUUCAUUGGGUGCAGACUUCCCAAAGCCAUCCAUGAUCCCAAGCCCCGUGCAAACGGUGGGGCGAAUGCGCCGAGAGAACUCUAUGUCGAGUCUACAGUCUGUAUUCGUCAAGAAUAUUCGGGAUGAUCGUCACAAUUCUCGUACCAGUGUCCAGACAGCGUUCCGCGAGGCAGCAAGUGCCAAUGCAUCGAUCAAGUCGAAAAGUAGGAGCAGCUCAAAUCACAACCUGCGCGCGGCAGAGUCACCGCUAGGCUCGAAGGAACGAUUGAAUAGUCUUGCAAAUCGACACAGCACCGCUGCUCUCGCUGCUGCACGAGCAGCCGAAGCCAGGAGCAGCAACCUCUCUAGGAGCAACACACGACUGUCUACGGCUACAUCCUCCUCUCGCACCCGACAAACUGCAGGGCAGGAAAGGUCCGAAAACAAUGAUCCCAAAAUGUGCAACAAUGCCAGUAAGGGAGACGCUGAAUAA